UUUUGUGGAAUAAUAUUCAGUUCCAAAGUAUUUAUAUGAAACAUGGAAGUCAAAGAAAAAGAGCACCCACUCACCCUGAAAGUGAUGCGUCUGACUCGGCCGUCACUCUUCUCCAGCAUCUCGGUGACCUGCGAUGCUCGUGACCUGCCAGCCGACCUGCUGAAUGCCGACCUGCGGCAGGACAUGGCCAUUCCCAGCGGCCUGCCAUAUACCGGCAUUGGGCAGGUCCUGCUUCUGCCGCAAAGUUUUGGGAACAUAUAUCUGGGGGAGAUGUUCUCGUGCUGCCUGUGUGUGCACAACAGCAGCGUCUCUGCCAUCCAGCAAGUCAACAUCAAGGCUGUGCUGCAGAUCGGCAGCGAGAGGGUUGCGCUGCUGGGCGGGGAGACGGAGGUGUUGCUGGAGCUACAGCCUGAUGACGUCACCAGUUCAACUAUUCAACAUGAAGUCAAAGAUGUCGGCACGCACAUCCUGGUGUGUGCGGUGAGCUACCUAGCAGCGUCAGGGGAGACUCUGAGCUUCCGCAAGUUCUACAAGUUCCAAGUGAUGAAACCUGUUGACAUCCGCACCCGCUUUGUCAACGUACAGGGAAGCUCGGACGUGCUGGUCGAGGCCGCCGUGGAGAACAUCACUUCAGCGCCCAUCUGCCUCGAGAGGGUCUCCAUGGAGCCCUCUCCGCUGUACCGGGUUGUGGCCUUGAACAGCCUACACCAAGACCCCCCUGUGGACCCCUCGAACCCUUUGAACCCCUCAAAUCCAUUGGACCCUUCGAAUCCAUCAAAAAUUUUGAACCCAUCAAAUCCUUCUACCCUUUCGAACCCCCCUAACCCCUUGAACCCCCCGAACCCCAGCAACCCGUUGUUUGGACCCCUGAACGUGGUAGCCCCCCAUGAGACCCGGCAGUACCUGUACCGCCUGACCCCCUCCGAGGGUCCAACCCUCACCCCCAGCCCUGAGGGCUCAGCGACCCUCGGCAAACUGGACCUUGUCUGGCGGUCCAACCUGGGCGACUCUGGCAGACUACAGACCAGCCAGUUCCAGCGCAGCGCUGGCGCCCCCCCAGCGGAGGUGGUGGUGAAGCUGCUCGAGUGUCCGGCCACCGUCACCCUGGAGCAGACCUUCGACGUGGUGCUGGGUGUCUGUAACACGGGGACUCGGACGCUGGCACUGCGGCUGGAGGCGCUGCCGGGCGCUGGCAGUGGCAGUGGCUGUGAGUGGCACUGCGUCGUCUGCCGCCCCCUGCCACCCCUCCUGCCUGGCGCCUGCCACCGUCUCACACUCACUGCACUGCCACUCAGGACUGGCAUUCAGAGGUUGUGCGGGGUGCGCCUGCGUGACGUGACCGCGCCGUCCGUCUGUCACGAGGUCAUAGGGUACGGCCACGUCCUGGUCACGCCUGACUCAUCUGAGUCACUUGACUCACUUGCUCUGACUCAUCACCUGCAGCAGCUCUGUGUCACUUGA